ACAUUCUAGCAUCAUGUGUGUAUAAGUGUAUGUAAAGACAUCAACACAUAUAACAAACCUCUCUCAGCCUCACAUCCCCUACAAGUUUUCUACAUCCACUUCCACAGCAAAAAAAAGAACACACACACACAUCUAUAGAUAUGGAUCUUGAGUUAUUACACGAUCUGUGCAAAUUCAAUAUCCCAUCAACCAUUAAGAUCCGAUCCAAAACCUCUAGAAACAACAACGAUGGUGAUGAUGAGCACAAUGGCUUUAGCUGCAGCACACCCACAUCUCAAGAACACAAGAUUCCCUCCGUUCUUGAUUCUCCACCUCCCCCGCCAAGAAAACCUCGUACACUGCCGUCAAAACCGUCGGCUACGGCGGCUAUGAUGACCAGAUCGUGUAAAAGGAAGCUCUUAGUGUCGACUUGUGAGAUUAUCAUGAACCCGGAAGAGAUUGACCGUUUCUUCACAUCUGUUUAUAGUGACACAUCGACCACGGCGAAACGGCGGAGACGUUAUCCUCAUACUGCACGAAGAUGAGCCUUUAAUUAGCUCAAGAUUUACAUUUUACAAUUUUACAGUUGAUAUAUUGUCAUAUAGUAUAAGGUUGAAAUACUUUUACUUUUUAUAAAAUGGAUGGAUAGCUUUUCUAGAACCGCAUAUUAAUUUCGUAUGGAGGGGUCGAUGCUGUAAAUUCUAUAAAUAAAAAAUUAAUUCCAAUU